UCUGCUGCUCGCUAACCGCAGAGCCGAUCGAGACGGAACCGCUGUCAUUGCUUUAACCCAGCUCAGCUGAUCGGUUGCCGCCGCCGCCGCCGCCAGAUUCCGUAGGCGAAAAACGCAAAGCUUAGAACAUGGACGUGAGUCUCGCUCCACUCCGCGCCUGGGACGAUUUCUUCCCGGGCUCUGACCGCUUCUCACGGCCGGACUUCACGGACAUUUCAAAAUGGAACAACCGCGUGGUGAGCAACCUGCUCUACUACCAGACCAACUACCUAGUAGUGGCUGCCAUGAUGAUUUCUGUCGUGGGGUUUCUGAGCCCCUUCAACAUGAUCCUCGGAGGGAUCGUAGUGGUGCUGGUGUUCACAGGGUUUGUGUGGGCAGCCCACAAUAAAGACGUGCUCCGCCGGAUGAAGAAGCGAUACCCCACGACGUUUGUGAUGGUGGUCAUGCUGGCUAGCUACUUUCUCAUAUCCAUGUUUGGGGGAGUCAUGGUCUUUGUGUUUGGCAUCACUUUUCCUCUGCUGUUGAUGUUUAUCCAUGCAUCAUUGAGACUUCGGAACCUCAAGAACAAGCUGGAGAAUAAAAUGGAAGGAAUUGGUCUGAAGAGGACGCCAAUGGGCAUUAUCUUGGAUGCCCUAGAACAGCAGGAGGAAAGCUUCAACAAAAUCUCUGACUAUAUCAGCAAAGUGAAAGAAUAAACAUAGCUUACUUGGUGACAAGGUUGCAGCAGAAAUGGAGUUGCAGUUUGCCCUUGUCCAGACCUACUUUCUGUUUGUGUUUUUGAAAUAGGAGUUGCACAUACCACCCAACUAUCUAUGGCAGCAUGCAUGUAUAGGCCAAACUAUUAACAUCUCUGAUGUUACAGAGAAAAGGCCUCAGAAACUGAAAGAAAACGAUCCUGCUAUUGUGUCUGAAGUUUCAAGUGUAUUUAUGUAAUCUGAUAGGAAAUGGAUCACACUUAUUUCUUUAGGAGAAUAAAAGAAAAUAAAAGAA